CGUACGAUGCUAGGAUAGGGCACGCCGCCGCCGCCGCCGCCGCCUCCGCUUCCCCAUGGCCGGCUUAGCUCUGCCAUCCACCUUCCCGAUGGCCGAUCUAGCGUCGCCGUCUACCUACCCCAUAGAAGCCGCAACACCCACAUCCAUCAUCUCCAUGGACGCCGCAGUGCCGCCGUCCACCUCCAUCCUAGCCGCACCAGCACCGCCGUCCACCUUUCCCAUAACUGCACCAGCGCCGCGGUCCACCUCCCCCACGGCUGUAGCAGCGCCGCCUUCCAACUCCCCCACUGCCGGACCAGAGCAACCAUUCACCUCCUCCAUGUCCGCCCCAGCGGCGCCGCCAUCAGCCACCACCAUGGCUGUCACCAGCGAUGCUCGCAAGAAGCGACCUCCCUGCAAGAAGAAGAAGAUUGUUGCUGUCCAAGAAGAACCUGCCAAGAUUGCGCCAUCCAUCAUCUCCGUGAACGCCGCAGCUCCGCCUCCCACCUCCAACGUCGCCGCACCAACGCCGUCGUCCACUUCCCCCACAACUGCACUAGCGCCGCCGUCCAACUCCUCCACGGCCAGACCAGCUCAGCUAUCCAACUCCACCACGGCCGGACUGGCGCAUCCCUCCAACUCCCCUACAGUCGGACCAGUGCAGCUGCCCAUAUCCUCCAUGCCAGCCCCAAUGCCGCCGUCAACCUCCACCAUGGCCCUCACCGGCGAGGCUCGCAAGAAGCGACCUGGGCAUGAACUCCCAAGGUCUGGCUCCAAGAAGAAGAAGAAGAAGAUAGCUAUUGUCCAUGAAGCCCCUGCUGAGAAUGCUGUUGAAGUCGUCCUUGCUUCUGAAUCUGACAAGACCAAGUGCCGCAGUGGCUCUAUCAAGAGGAAGCUGAAGAAGCAACAACCUAAGAAGGAAGACUCUAAUGUGGAUGCUCCUAAUGGGACCACUGUUGAGAAAGAGCAGGAGGCUCCCAUUGAACAAGAGAAAAUUGAGAUGACCCUUGAAGAAUAUGAGAAGAUGCAAGAAAAGAAGAAGUCUCUAGAGGCCUCUAAACCUGAGGAGAGGAGGGUUGCUGCUGUAGAUUUUGAGGGUUUCCAGCUCUUGGAGAAAAAUCUGAUUGAGGAUGAUGCUAAAUUGAAGGCGGAAAAUGUUCGCAAGGCAUGUUUUACUUUACUUAUUUGA